GCCUCCGCCCCAUUGGCGCCUCCGUACGGGCCCCGGGACCUUCCGCCAAGGACGGUAGUGGGUGCUCCGACCUGCUACACACGAGGAAACUGAGGCUCCCCAAGAAGGAAUUUAGAGCUGGGCCUCAGAAGCGCCCCGGUGCGACCCCCUCCUUUGACAGCGGAGGAAACUGAGGCUCUCAGAGGUGAAGGGACGCGGCCCGGAGGGCGUGAGCUCGUGCACACCGGUUAAGUACCCCCUCCCCCAGUCUCCGCUACCCAGAAUUCCUCGGAGAGGGGGAGGGGGAGAGGAAGGAAUGAGCUCGGCCCGGAGCCCGGGUGGGUGUGGUCCCCGGAGUCCUGCUCGCCGCGGAGUGAGAGGCGCUGUCUUCACGUAGCGCUCCUAGAGGAGAGUGUCGGGGAAGUCUCCCCUCCGCACCUAGCACGUCCUGGGAGAGAUGGUCAGGUCACAGAGCAGAUCCCGGGCAUCAUCCCACCAGGUCUUAAAUUCUGGUCCUUUGCUAUGUGAUUAGAUGGAUGUCUUCCUGGUUUUAAAUCUGUCAUUCCAGCCUUAAAUCCUGGAGAGCCCUGCUGGGGUCACGGGGCUCCACCCCCUCUUCCAGGGGGAGACUGUGGUGUCCACUUGGCUGCCCUGUGUGCCAGUCAUAACAGGAAGCUGUGACCUUCAAGGAUGUGGCUGUGGUCUUCACCUGGGAGGAGUGGGGGCACCUUCAUCCUGCACAGCAAGACCUGUACAGGGAGGUGAUGCUAGACACCUAUGAGGUCCUCGUGUCCCUGGGCCUUUCGGGCUGCAAACCCACUGUGAUCUCCCGACUGGAGAGGGGAGAAGCACCAUGGAGGCCAGAAAGAGGAGGCCACCAAAGCCACUGUCCCGAUUUCUGUAAACAGAAGGAGAGGUGUCCAACUGAAGAGCUGACUCCAGAAGAGAGCAUUUCUGCAAGAGAAUCAUCCACACGAAAUCUUGCAAAGGAUGGCAUCUGGGAUUCCAGAUUUGGGGAAGCCUGGGAAUAUCCUGUUCAGUUAGAGAGACAGAAUGGGAGCAAGAAGAGACAAUCCAGGCAGCUAGCCAUCACCAGUGAAAAAACUGUUCGUCUUCCCAAUGAACAUACCACAUUGGAGCAAAGCUUCAAUGUGGAAUCACCCUUGAAUUCAUUGCCAGUGAUUUGCGCAGGAAGAAGUUUCCAGAAAUGUGCUACGUAUGGAAAGAGUUUCAAACCAUUUUCUGACCUGAUUCAGUUGAAUAGAAUCUCCUCAGGGAAGAAGGUUUAUAAGUGUGGUAAGUACAGUGAUUCUUCCAGGUAUUGUCCAGAUCCUAUUCAGCAUAAAAGAAAGCACACAAAUACAAAGUUAUUUGAAUGUAAUGAUUGUGGGAAAGUACUUGGGAAUAGCUCAUCCCUAAGGAAACAUCAGCUAAUUCAUACUGGAAAUAAACCCUUUGAGUGCAGUGAGUGUGGGAGAGCAUUCACUCAGAAAGGAAACCUCACUAAACAUCAACGAAUUCAUACUGGAGAGAAGCCCUUUGAAUGUGAUGAAUGUGGCAAAGCUUUCAUCCAGAGGGGAAGCCUUAUUGAGCAUAAGAGAAUUCACACUGGUGAGAAGCCCUUUACAUGUAGUGAAUGUGGGAAAAGCUUCAACCGGAAGACAAACCUUAUGGGACAUAAGAGAAUUCAUACGGGAGAAAAGCCAUAUGGAUGUAAUGAUUGUGGGAAAACCUUUAGCAAUCGUUCAGCCCUCAGGACACAUCAGAAAAGUCAUACUUCGAAGAAAACCUUUGAGUGCAGUGAAUGUGGGAUGUUUUUUAACCAAAGAGGGAACUUUACCAUGCAUCAGAGAAUUCAUUCCAAAGAGAAAUUCUUCGAAUGUGGUGAAUGUAAGAAAACCUUCAGCCAGAGGGAAAGACUUAUUGAGCACAAAAGAAUUCAUACUGGAGAGAAAUUGUACAAAUGUAAUGACUGUGGAAAAGUCUUCAGCAAAUGCAUGUCCCUUAAGAGGCAUCAGCUAAUUCAUACUGGAAAGAAACCAUUUGAGUGCAGUGAAUGUGGGAUAGCUUUUAAUCAGCGGGGCAACCUCAUUAAGCAUCAGAGAACCCAUACCGGAGAAAAAGCUUUUGAUUGUAAUGAAUGUGGGAAAGCCUUUAGUCAGAGGGUAACCCUUAUUGAACACAUGAGAAUUCAUACCGGAGAGAAACCUUUCACUUGUAAUGAAUGUGGGAAAAGUUUCAACUGGAGGACAGUUCUCACUGAACAUAAGAAGAUUCAUACUGGAGAGAAACCUUAUGAAUGUAACGAAUGUGGGAAAACCUUCAAGAGUACCUCAACCCUUAGAUCCCAUCAAUUAAUUCACACUGGAGAGAAACCCUUUGGGUGUUGUGUAUGUGGAAAAGCCUUUAGCCAGAAAGGAAACCUUACCGUACACCAGAGAAUUCAUACUGGUGAGAAGCCCUUUGAAUGUAAUGAAUGUGGAAAAGGCUUUGACCGAGGGGCAGCCCUUAUUGAUCAUAAGAGAAGUCACACUGGAGAGAAGCCAUAUGGAUGUGAUGAUUGUGGGAAAGCCUUUGCCACAGGCUCAUCUCUCAGGUCACACCAGAUAAUUCACACUGGAAAGGAACUCUUCCAUUGCCCUGAAUGUGGGAUGACAUUUAGGUACUGUGGGAAUCUUGCCACACAUCGGAGAGCUCAUGCGAGAGAAACCCUCUGAAUGCAACGAAUGUGGGAAAUCCUACAAUCAAAAGUGAAUCCUUACAGAACACCAGAAAAUUCACACUGAAGAAAAACAAUAUAAAUAUAGUAAUUGUGAAAAGACCUUCCUCACAAACUCCUAAUGUAGGAGCCAUCAUCUAAUUCACAUUGGAAGAAAGCUCUUUCAGUGGAAUGACUGUGGAAAGGCUUUCAGUAGCAGCACAUCCCUCAUGAGGUAUCGUAAGAUUUACUUGGGAAAUCAACCUUUUGGGUGAAAAUCCUGUGGGAAAGUCUUUGACCUGAGGGUAACUCUUACUGCACAUCACCAGCUGCAUCAUGGAGUGAAAUCCUUUUGGUUGCAAUGGACACGGAGAGACUUUUUACCAACAACCUCUCUAUAUCAGAGAAUUCAGAGUAAAAAGAAAUUGUAUGAUUGUGAGUGGUUAAAGGAAAGAUUUUCUUCCUGCAUCAGAAGGAAGUGGAGGAUGCCAAGGAGAGAGAAAAAGGAUCUGUAAGUCAUUCAUCACAGCUGAAAAUCAGGUCAUCAUCUGGAUGAAAGAGCUGGUAUUGUAGCGUGUGACCCCUGAUUUUCUGUAACUGUUCAUAACUUCACAUAAUCAGGGUCACCCUUAUUAUGUUGUCAUAAAUUGAUGAACAAAUUUAAUCGUGAACUCUGCUCCUUCGGCUAUAAAUAUACUUGUUACCAUUGACCAAUGAAUUCCGUCGUACUUAAAAGCUUAAAAUAGUUCCUGUAGUAGAAGCAAAUUCCAGAACCUGAAGGAAAGCCUUAUUCAACCUAAGUAGCCCUUCCUUAGAUUCCUCCCUAUUCUUAUCCAGUUUUUCCCUACCCUGCCUAUUAAAUCCUCCUACCUUUUUAUUUCCUCCAGUGAUAAAGUUAUGGUACCACAAGACUGAAACACAUGUAGAAACCCUCGUAUUGCAACUGAUCCAGCCAAUGGCCGAGACUAAUUUGGUUUGGGAGUUAGGCAGACAGGAUCAUACUUAGGGAGUGUCUGCAGAACUUGACCUAUCCCCCCCCACAUCAGCUUAUGCUCGUGACUGGUGGGCCAGGCUAUGCCAGUUGAUCCAAAGAUACAAUAAAAACUGACGAAGCAGCAAGACUGCUCUCCAAGGGAAGCUGAAAGCAUCAAGUCAGUGUUUAAUAAACAUUUGUGGAAUUGAA